AUGACUCGACCAUUGGGCGUCUGGCAGAAAACGAACGGGUGGUCGGAGCGCUCGGCCUGCUUCAGACGAUCCUUUUGCCGCUUCAAGCAUCUUCUCCCCUCCCCUCCUCUGGAGACCUGGCACUACGAUCAGGCUUUCGAUGGCGCUAUCGCCGAGUCCGACUCCCCAUCCGAUAAGUCUUGUGACGCAGUCAUGGCUCAGCUCCUCACGGGAAGGAGAAGGCGUGGGGACCGGAACCACACGUCGACGCUCGAUAUCGUACACACCCUAGGCGUCCUAUACAGCGAUCAGAUAAGAGUGCAAGCUACGGAUCUCCUGUCUUUGGCUAAGAGUGUAGCACAAUUGUACCAAUGUCGUCUACAAGCAGCACGGUAUGGGCGAGUGCAAGUGGCAAACAUCUUCAAAGACUCUUGGUCCACUUCAGUACAUUAUUCCACCAUACUAUCUCCCCACCUGACCACGCUACUCUUCUCCCUCUCCGCCGCGCCUUCGUUCCUCCUUCCCCACCUCUCGGCACUGUACAGCCCCGUCUUACUCGCUGGCAGCAAUCAACCUGUGUAG